AUGCGCCUGGCACGCCGCCCCGGCGCCGCCCGCCGCCCCGCGGCCGUCGUCGCCUUGCUCCUCCUCUGCGCCGCAGGGGCGAGGGCGGCCAAGCCACCCGCGUUCAGGAUUCUCAGCGGCGCGCCCCGCACGGAGGCCGAUCGGACGGGGAACAUCCCCGAAGACAACGUAAGGGCCCUCGCGCGCCGCGCGCCGCCGAGCGAUCGCGCGACGUACCCAUGGUCGUCCGACGUCUUCAAGUUCGGCGAAGGCGGCCUUACGUACAAGACGGAGGGCCUGAAGGUUUUCGAGGCCGACGGCCCCUUCUGCUGCCGGAAGGCGCGGAGCGUCUGCUUCUGGGCCAAGAAGACCGCCGCCGAAACGGGCGAGAUGCACGUCGUCUUCCAGCUCGGCGUCCACGAGGACCUGAAAAGCUUUGAGGUCUACUUCCGCGACGACCGCGACGACACCUACUUUGGCGCGCACUUUGGCACCAGCCAGCUUAAGUUCGAGGUCUCGGACUUGGAGCUGGCGGUGCCGGUCAAGUUCAACGACGAGUGGCACCACUACUGCGCGAUCCUCUCGGACCCGGGCGUCGGGGAGCUCGCGCUCAGCGUCGACGGCGCCAAGGUAAAGACCUUCCGGGACCUGCCCCAGUUCAACACCAGGCCCUCGGCGAUCUCCGUCGGCCGCGUGCUCGAACCGGGCGACUGCGGCGGAGGCGGGGGCGACCAAGGUUUCAGCCGGCGGCUCGCCUCCGAGGACGACUGCGUCCAUUCGCACUUCCACGGCUACAUCGACGAGCUCCGCCUCUAUGAUUCCGCGCUGAGCGAACAAGACGUCCAGCGCGACUACAAUGAAGGUGCCGCGAUGCCGCCGUGCGAGGCGUCAAUCUGCAAGUCCGUCUACGUCCUCUUCAAAGUCGGCGACAUCGUCUGCCACUACAGUGGCACCGUGAAGCCGGGCGAGCCGACGCUCGCGCCCGUGACGCCCGCGCCGACGUUCAAGCCCUCCGACGCGCCCACGCCCGGGCCGACGCCCGGACCGACCGUGCUGCCGGGGAAUCCGACGGCGGCGCCCGUCACGCCGUGGCCGUCGGCGAAGCCGUCGCACGAUCCGACGCACAAGCCGACGGAGCUCCCGACGGAGCCGCCGUCGCCGAAGCCGAGCCCGAAUCCGACGGCGCCGCCGACCGCGAAGCCGACGGAGUUCCCGACGCCGCGGCCGACGCUCGCGCCCACGGCGGCGCCGGGCUCGCCGACGCUCGCGCCCCAGACCGCCGCGCCGUCCGCCGCGCGCUCGGCGCCGCCGACGGGCCCCGGCGAGGGGGAGCCCGCGGUCGCCGCGACGCUCGCGCCGUCGCCGCCGGACGCGGCCGCGCGGACGGCGGCGCCGAAGGCCCCGACGGCCGCGCCGACGCCGUGCGACGCGGCCGCGGCCGACGUCGCGGCCCCCGGAGUGGAGGGAGCGCGCUUCGACGCGAGCGGCGGCGUCGUCGUCGUGGCCCUGAACGGCCCGGCCGCGGUCGCCGUCGACGGCGCCCGCUGGCCCUGCGACGACGCGCUCGAGCUCGCCGGCUCCGGCGACGCGACGUGCGCCUGGGAGUCGGCGACGCGCCUCGCGGCGACGCUCGGGCCCGGCGCGACGGUCCGCGCGGGCGACAGCGUCGCGCUGCGCGCCGGCGCGGUCCAGGGCGCCGGCGCGGCGUCCUGCAGCCCCUCCAACGGCCGCUCGGCCGCGACGAUCGCCGGCCCCGUCGCCGCCGUCGCGCCCCGCGCGGUGCUCACGCCCGCGGCGUCCACGGUCGUCGCCUGCGAGGGCCUGACGCUCGACGUCUCCGCGUCGACGGGCCACGGCGGCCGCGCCUGGGCGUCCGUCGCCUGGACCGUCGACGCGGCCGCGCUCGGCGCGCGCGCGGCCGCGGCCGCGGGCUCGGCGACGCUGGCCUUCUCUCCCGCGGACCUCGAGGCCGUCGUCGGCGAGACGGUCACCGUGACCGUCGCCCUCGAGAACUUCCUCGGCGCCGCGGCGCCGCCGAAGGCGCUCGCCUUCGCCGUCGCGGCGUCGCCGCGGCCGUCCGUCGCCGUCGCCGGCGGCGACGACGUCCGCGUCCUCGCGGCGGACGGGCUCCACGCGCGGAGCGAGGCCGCGGCGUCGGGCUGCGGCGACGCGGCCGGCGGCGCGGGCGCCGUCACAAGCGCGUGGCGCGUCGUCGCCUACGUCGACGAGGCCGGCGCGGCGCUGCCGUUCCCCGUGGACGUCUCCGCGAACGCGCGCGACUUCGUCCUCGAGCCCUACGCGCUGCGGCCCGGGUCGCGCCUCGACCUCGCCGUGACGGCGACGCGCGGGACCGCGACGAACGAGGCCGCGGCGACGGUGACCGUGGGCCGCGCGCGGCCGGUGGCGCGCCUCGCCGGCGGGACGGCGCGCACGGCCUCCGCGGGCGACGUCGCGGACGCGGCCGGGUCCUACGACCCGGACGUCGCGCCCGGGGACCGCGCCGCCGACGACCUGGCCUUUUCCUGGACCUGCGCGGACGACACGGGCGCGGCCGUGCCGCUCGCGGACGCGUCGUCGCCCGUCGUCGCGCUGCCGACGGCGCCGGGCGUCUACCGCCUGUCCGUCGUCGUCGAGAAGGACGGCCGCGCGAGCGACGCCGCGGUCCAGGUCGUCACCGUCGCCGCGGACGUCGCGCCCGUCGUCGCCAUCGACGACUUCGAGGGCCCGCUCGCGCCCGCGCGGAAGAACCGUCUGGCCGCGCGCGUCGACGGCGUCGACGGCGCGACGGUGUCCUACGUCUGGACGCUCGCGCCCUACGCGGCGCCGAGCUCCGUCGUCGCCGCGUCGCUCGACGGCGGCUCCGCGGACGCGACGCUCGUCGUCGGCGACCCGCUGCGGCCGCUCGCGGCGGGCGCGACGUACGUCUUCACGCUGACGGCGACGAUCGACGGCGGGCCCCACGCGGGCAACGCCGCGGCGGCGUCCAUCGCCGUCGUCGCGAACCGCCCGCCCCACGGCGGCCGCCUCGCCGUGACGCCGGCGACCGGCGAGGCCGCGACGACGCGCUUCGCGCUCGAGGCCGGCGGCUGGACCGACGCGGACCUGCCCCUCGUCUACGCGUUCUCGACGGCCAGCCGCCUCCUCGCCGAGGGCCUCGCGGACGGACGCGCGCGCGACCUGCUGCUGCCCCCGGGCCCCGCCGUCGCCCUCGCGACGACCGUCGCCGACGCGCACGGCGCGGCCGCGACCGCGGCGACGACGGCGGCCGUCGCGGAGGCCGGCGCGACCGUCGCGGCGCUCCGGGCGUCGUCCGACGCGGACCUCGACGCGACCGUCGCGAGCGGCGAGGUCGAGGAGGCCUACGCGGCGCUCGUCGCCUACAGCGGCGCCGUCGAGGCCGGGGCCGCGCCGCUCGGCGGCGCCUGCGGCGGCCGCGGCGACCGCGUCGAGGCCGCGUCCGGCGCGGCGAGUUGCGCGUGCGACGCCGGCUUCCACGGGCCGACCUGCGCCUACGACGACGCCGCGUGGGCCGAGCGCACGGCCUACGCGGCGUCGCUCCUGGGCCACCGCGACGCCGUCGCGGCGCUCCAGCCGCCGUCGGACGCGGCGACGCGCAUGCAGGCGUCGAGCCUCGCGGCCAUCGCCUCCACGGCGGCGCUCGACGAGGCGGCGUCUGCGGGCGUCCUCGAGUCCGCGCGCGCGCUCGCCGCGGACGCCGCGGCGCGCGGCGUCGACGACGAGGCCUUCGCGAAGGACGUCGCCGACGCGCUCGCGGCCGCCGUCGCCGCGGCGCCGCCGCCGCGGAGCGGCGACGGCCGGCGGCUCCAGGCGUCGUCGUCGCUCGACGACGUCGCCGCGGCGCUGAGCUCGGUCUGCGAGGCGCUCCUCAACAACGCGGCCGCGGACGAGCGGCCGUCGGGCGCGGCGAACGACGUCAUCGACGUGCGCUGCUCCAAGCUCUCGCCGGCCACGGCGCCGGGCGCCCUGGUGAACGCGAGCGCGGGCGCGCUCGCGCUGCCGGCGUCGACGGACCUGGGCGACGGCGAGUGGCUCGAGGUCUUCGCGUACGUCGUCGACGCCGCGGGCGCGUACGCGCCCUCGACGGCGACCCGCUCGAGGGACGGCGACAGGUCGACGACCAUCAUCGUCGACGUGCGGUCGAGGACCCUGAGCUUCGGCUUCGCGACGGACUCGCCGGACGGCCGCCGGCGGCUCCGGCGGGGCGGCUUCUCGUCCGGCGGCGGCGGCGCGACGCUCUCGUUCGACGACGACGUCGACGGCCCCGCGGGCCUCAGCGAGACGCUCUACGCCGUCAACGUGACCUGCGCGGGCGAGGAUAUCGUCGUCGCGUGCGACGGCGGCGGCGACGACGUCACCGUGCCCUGCGGCCCGGACAACGAGGGGACGGUCUACGAGGCGACGUGCGUCCGACAGAUCGAGCCGGGCUGCGCGGAGUACGACGUCGCCGCGGGGGCCUGGGUCGCGGUCUGCGCCGCGACGUCGUCCGCCGGCGCCACGGUCUGCGAGUGCUCGCCGGAGCAGGUCGCGCUCUGGGCCGCCUACGACGGGUCCACGGCCGUCGCGUCGACGACGAACGCCGUGUUCACGUCCUACUACGCGGAGCUCUUCGCCGAGGGCCUCACGGACGCCGUGUGGACGCGGACGACGCUUUUGCUGUAUACGCUGGCGGCGCUCGUGGGCGCGACCGUGCUCCUCGGCGUCUGGGGCUGGGACAAGGACCGGCGCUGCCGCGCGGACGCGACGCGGAAGGCGCUGGACGCGUUCGUCGACUCCAAGGCCAAGUUCCGCGGGAGCCGCGGGGUCAGCGAGAAGGUGAGCCUGUCGUCCAUCCCCCUCGAGGUCCACGACGGCUUGUUGGAAGCGUCCAUGCCCAACUUCAUGGCCAAGGUCCACACGCCGGGGUCGCUGGUCUGGGACAAGAUCAAGCAGUACCACUGCGUCCUCAGCGUCGUCUUCUACUACGACCCGCGCUUCUCGCGGCUGACGCGCGCGUUCCUGGCGCUCUUCGACGUCGUCGUCAUCCUCUUCGCCGAGGCCGUGACCUACGAGCUCGUCUUCCCCGCGGGCGUCUGCGAGUCGCUCGAGGACCUCGGCGACGCGGCGUCGUGCGAGGACCUGCGGUCGCCCGUGUUCCGCGACACGAAGAUCUGCAUCUGGGACGCCUUCGUGGACCCGCGGUGCCGCCUGAAGCAGCCGGGCUCCGGCGCCUACGACAACCUCGUGCGCAUCACGAUGGUCGCGCUGUCCAUCGCCGUGUGCCUGCCGGCGCUGAAGCUCGCCGCGUUCGCGACGCGGCGCUACCUCGCGCGCGACCACGUCUGGGCGUGGCGGCCCGACGCGGGCGGCCGCGACGACGACGAGGUGCUCUUCGACGACGCGUGCGCGCGCGACGACGGCCCGCUCUUCGCCGCGCUCCACCGCGUGCUGCGGCGCGGCGACGACCGCGCGACGCGCGCGCGGUCGCGGACCCAGACGACGGCGAAGCUCAAGCGCGGCGCGCGGGCGUCGGCGCACGAGACCUUCGACUUCCGGGCGGCCCUGGACAACGCCGACGUGUCCCGGUUCGAGCGCCAGGUGCUCCGGGCGUUACCGGGCACGAUGCGCGCCGUCGUGCGGCAGCGCGUCGAGCUCAACGACGCGCUGCUGGACCUGAAGACGGGCCGCCACCCGGGCAUGUCCGUCACCGAGCGGCGCGCGCUCGCGUCGAACCUCGGGUUCCUCAAGCACCGCCUCGAGCUGCUCUGGGGCAUCUCGUCGACGGGCUCCGCGGGCUGGGAGUACGUCUUCGCGUCGACGGCGUACCGGGUCCUGAGCCACGCGAUCAAGGAGGCGAUCGCCUUCGACCGCGACCUGCAGCAGGUCGAGGACCCGGCGACGAAGUGCCUCCUCAUCUACCACUUCUGCCGCUACGAGAACCUCAACGACGACGAGCGGCGGGUUUUACGGCAGGCGCUGAACACGCGCGGCACCUGGGCCGAGGAGGGCUACGACUUCCGCGAGCCGCCCGUGAGCGGCUACGUCAAGGUCGCCCUCCUCGUCCUCAUGGUCCUCGUGCUCGCCGCGACGGCCUACUUCCUGCUCGUCUUCGGCCUGGGUAGGGACGAGGCGGUGCAGCGCGAGUGGUGGGCCGACACGAUGCUGACGCUCGGGCUCAUCUUGGUGAUCUUCGAGCCCGCGCGCAUCGCCGUGUGCCACUGCUCCGUGCCCAUGCUCAUCGGCGACAAGAUGGAGCACUACCGCGACCCCGUGCGCCUGCGCCUGCCGUACCGCAACGCCGCGCCGUCGACGGCGUCGGAGCUCAUCUCCGCGCAGCACCUCGCGGCCUUCGAGGACGUCGGGCUGCCCGUGCCCACGGUGCUGCGCGUCGCCGAGAAGGCGUGGGCGACGCGCGACGACGGCUCGGACGACGACGACGACUUCGUCGACCCGCUCGCGCGGUCGAACCGGCGGCGGCGCGCGGCCGAGGCGCCGGAGCCGACGCGGCUCCGGCGCUGCGGCGCGUGGGCGGCGACGGCCGGGCACCGCGUGGUCCGCGCGGUGAAGUCGCGGUCGCUCGACGUCGCCCGCUUCGAGGCCGGGGCGCCGACGGAGGUCGAGACCGUCGUCUGGCGCGUCGCGCAGAACGCGGGCGACCUCGGCAACCCGUCGACGGUGGACCCGCACCACGCGGCCUACAACCGGGCCUACCGGGCCCUGAGCCCGCGCUGGGCGCCGGCGUACGUCGCGCAGCUCCGCGCGGGCCUCGAGUGGCGGCCGUCCGCGGCGUACCGGUCGACGAUCGCGUCGUGGGCGGCCUUCUCGCUCAUGCACGACGACGUCCAGGAGAUGGUCAUCGAGGAGGCCUUCAUGGGCCUCGUGCUCGGCGCGUCCUACGGCGUCGACCAGGUCGCCGACUCCCUGGGGGAGGUGAGCUCGUACGCGGCCGUCGGUCUCGCGUUCGUCGCCGUGCUCGUCCCGCUCGCGGCGGCGCUCGGCCUCUUGUCCCGGCGCCACGGCGCCCGGGCCGAGGCGGCGAAAAGCGCGCGGUCCGGCGACGCGGGCCUCGCGGCGCUCGACGACGCGGACAGCGACGUCGAGCUCGACGACGACGCCGUCCUAGGGCGCCGCGCGCUGCCGCCGACGCGCGUCAUGGUCUGCGAGCGCAUCGGCGACGACCGCUUCCGGCGCCUCUUCCGCCGGCGGUCCCUCAAGCGGCUCGUGCGCCGCAAGCUCGGCCGCGCGUCGGUCUGGGACGGCGCGACGGCGACGGAGAACGACGGCGCGCUGCUCCUCGAGACGGACGGCGGCGACCAGGUCGAGCUCGUCUACGGCCCGGACACGCGCGCGUCGAAGAAGCGCUACGGCGACCGCGCCUGCGCGCUGCUCCUGGCGAACUGCCGCAUCUUCGACGACCGGAGCGAGCGCAAGCUCGACGUCGCCUUUGACUGCAACGACGACGAGGCGCGCGACGAGUGGGCCGACCGCUUCGACUAUUUGCUCGGCACGGCGGCCAGGGGCAAGCACGCGACCUACGCGGCCCAGGCCAAGGCCGUGCAGCUCGUGGCGAGGACCGUCGUCGUGGACCCGCGGCGCUUCCGCCGGGACGCGUCCAAGGUCCGGAAGUGGCGCCGGACGCUGGAGGCGGUCGCGCGCGACGUCCGGCGGCGGCGGGGCCGCGCGCGGCGCCGCUGGGCCGUCGCGCUCGCGGGCGUCGCGGGCAAGAUCCGCGACCGGCGCCUCGAGGACCGGGGCUACACGUCGCGCGAGCUCGCCGCGGUGCCCGGCGAGCUCCGGCGCCUGAGCCUCGAGGCGAAGCGCGCGAACGCGACGGCGAUCUUGGCGCGCGACGGCUUGCUGCGCCACCUGGCCAAGACCGUGGAGCACGUCGUGAAGCGGCCGCACCUGUCCAUGGCCGACGCCGUCGACCUGUUAUUAGCGGGCAACUGCGUGCGCAUGCUGCUGGCGCUGCCCGGCGUGCUCCGCGCGGUGCUCCGGAAGAAGGUCGAGCGGAAGAGUCUGGAGGCGUUCCUCUACCUGAGCGCGACGUCGCGCGUGCCCCUCUUCACGUCGGCGGCCCUGGAGAUCAUGGCGGCGCUCUACCUGAGCCGGGGCGCGGCGCGCGACGCCGUCGACGGCGUCCUGCUCCGGGUCGACCGCGGCGCGACGUGGGGCGGGCCGGGCCUCGGCUUCGCCGAUUUGCCGGAGAAGCCCGACGCGCCGGGCUUCGACGACGUGCCGCGCUACGGGUCCCUGCUCCACCUCCUCGACGGCGCGGAGCUCGACGACGUCCGCCUGAGCGCGCUGAGCCUCUGCUCCGCGCUCGUCGCGGACGGCUCGGAUCGGGCGGACGCGUUGUGGAAACACGCGCUGCUCUUCCGCGCGGCCAACGGCGUGCUCGAGGCGGCGCCGGAGGACCUGGCCAAGGCGGAGACGUGCGCGCCGACGGACCCCGCGGCGUCGGCGCCGGCGCUCUGCGGCGCGCGCGACGCGCUCCUCGAGGAGACGGCGGCGGCGCGCGACGACGCCGGCGCGCGCGCGGUCCUCGCGGGCCAGCUCGAGCGCUUCCUCGACGUCUGGGAGAGCCGCUGCCUCGACGACGCCGACGACGUCUACGCGCUGCCCGCGGGCAACGGCGAGCGCGUCGAGCUGCUCGCGGAGCGCGCGAAGCGCCGCGCGCUGCUCGUCGGCACCGAGAAGGCCGAGGCGCUCCUCGCGUCCGUCGGCGACGACUUCGCGGGCCUCGUGCGCCUGCUGCCCGAGGGCGACGCCCGGGCCGUCGUCUCCGACGACGACUCGUCGGACGACGACGAGGCGGCGAAGGCGCCCGUCGCGCGCGUCGACGUCACCGCCGCGUGCCUGGCGAAAUACACGCCGAACCUCGUCUACGGCCGCGUCGCGGACAAGAAGACCAGGGCGGAGCUCGAGGCCGAGGCCGAGGAGCGGCGCCUGGCCAAGCUCGACGAGAAGCGGAAGAACGAGGAGGCGGAGGCCUACAUCAAGGAGCAGCGGCUCAAGCAGGCGCGCGAGGCCGCGGCGGCCGCGGCGCCGCGGCCGCGGCCGGGAUUGUUGUCGCAGGCGUCGAUGCGCGCGAUCGAGGUCGUCGGCGCCGCGCGCGCGGAGGCGGCGGUGUCCGGCGACGUCGACGGCGUCCCGCCGGCGGACCCGGCGCUGGAGAAGUUCCACAAGAUGCUGAAGAUGCACGUGCCCCAGGGCGCCGUCGAGGCGAAGAUGCGCGCCGAGGGCCUCGACCCGGACGCGCUCAAGUACGAGAAGUACCGGUCCAUGCUCAGGAUGCACGUGCCCCGCGGCGCCGUCGAGGCGAAGAUGCGGGCCGACGGCCUCGACCCCGCGGGCCUCUUCGGCGCGCCCAAAGCGGCCAAGGCCGCGCCCAAGGCGGACCCGGCGACGGCGUCGAUGAAGCGGCGCUUCGAGACGCCGCUGGGCUGCGCGCGCGCGCCGCGCGCCAAGCUGAGGAACCUCUGGUGGGACUUCAUCGACGACGACGCCGUCGGCUUCUGGGCCGAGGACGCGCGGAAGCGCCGCGGCAAGCACCCGAAAUGGCUCGACGGCGCCGCGCUCGACGAUUUGGAGCGCGUCUACGGCGACGCCAAGGCCGAAAAGGCGCCCUCGGCCAAGGAGGCGGCCGCGGCGAAGCAGGCCGCGGCGGGCACGAAGAAGCGGAGCGUCGUCGCCGAGGUGCUGGGGCCGCGGCGGGGCCUCGAGCUGAACAUCCUCCACGGGUCGCUCAAGGUCGAGCCGGAGGCGGUCGCGGCGGCGCUCAAGCACCUCGACGCCGCGGCGCUCGCGGACAAGGCCGACGUGCUCCACGGGCUCUUCGAGUCCGACGAGACCGUCGCGGCCAUGACCGCGGCCAUGCGGCCGUUUCUCGUCGAGGGCGCGGACCGGUCGAAGCUCGACGCGGCGAGUCGAACGUACGCGGCGGUGCUCGGCGCCGUCGCGCGCGCGCCGGCCAAGGUCCACUGCCUGCGGCUCGCGUCGCGCCUCGACGGCCGCGUCGACGCGUUGGACGCGGCGCUGGACACGCUCCGCGACGCCGCGGACGAGGUCAAGCGCUCGCCCGCGUGGCGCGCGGUCCUCGAGUUCGUCCUCGCGGUCAACAACUUCGCCAACGACGGCACGCCGCGGGGCUGGAAGCAGGCGCUGCGCGUGUCGUCGCUGCGGAAGCUCAAGAACGCGAAGACGGCGCCCAUGGCGGACCUCGGCGACGCGGCGCCGGGGAACCUGCUCCGCUUCGUCGCGAAGCACGUCGACGUCGGCGAGGCGCUCGAGGCCGAGCUCGCGACGGCGCGCGCCGCGGCGCUGGCGACGCCCCUGUCGGACCUGCGGGCGGACGUGGCCGCGCUCGAGGCCGACGCGGCCGCGGCCGCGCGCGAGGCCGACGCGCUCCUCGACGACGGCGAGACGACGGCCGAGGCGCGCGCGCGGGCCACGGCCGACGCGGCGCGGCGCGCCGUCGACGCGCUCCAGGACAAGCUCGCGGCGACGUCGUCGGCCUGCGCGCUGCUCCUCCGCGGCUUCGGCGAGGACCCGGCCAAGGUGCCGGCCGAGGCCUUCUUCGGCGACGUCGCCGCGUUCCUCGACGACUUCAAGCGCGAGGCCGACGACGUCCGCGCGGCGCUCGCGGGCGGCCGCCGGCCCGCGCGGCGCCGCGCGCCGCGCGCCGCCAAGCGCGGCUCCGAGGAGCAGACCUUCCUCGCGGGCAUCCGCCACUCGCUCAAGCGCGCGGGCGCGAUCCGCACGCUCGCGGCCGCCGACUCCGACGACGAGUUCGACGCGGCGACGGCCGCGAACCGCCGCCGGUCCAUGCUCCGCCGCGCCAUCUCGGGCGGCGGCGACUCCGACGACGAGGGGGACUCCGAGUCCUCGGGCUUCUCCGACGGGGACUUCUAAGGCGGUCUGAUUGUG